AAAUCAAAACCCAAAAGCGAAGAGAGAAAUCAAGCCACGACAAUGCCUACACUGCUCUCAAUUACAUCCCUGCUUGCUCCAGAUUGGUGGGUUGUAGCCAACGUCGCAGCAUUUUGGGUUGCGGAGAGACUUUUUGCUCGGUAGCUGCGAGAAAAAGUUCAUGGGUGGAGCGAAUUCUUGUCGCAGGGGAAUCAAUUAGCUGCUCUGCUACACAUUUGUGAUUGUACUUUGGUUUUGGAGGGUGGUUGCGUAUUAGGUCGCACUCGCAGUGCGUAUCGCAACCGUAUCCUGACACGCGACUGCGAUUUCGGACCCGAAUCGCAGCCACGAUGAUGGGUGUUGUGAGUGCGUCGACGAUGCAGCGCAGCGCAGCGGUCUCUGUGAAGAAUGGUCAUCUCUUAGCCCCGCCCGCAGAAAAUUCUUUCAAUGUAGGAUUUCGGAGUAGCUCGAGGUUUCCGCAGCAGCUCAUUGUUGUGAAAUGGAAGAAGAGUUGUUGUGGAAGGUGGUGCACGCGCCGCGUCCAGUGCUCAGCUGGUUCUACUCCUGUCACGAGCAACCCCACGGUCCCUCCACCGACGACGCCAAAGACACGGACACAAAGGAUUAUGGAAAACAUUCCAGGAAGUGCGGAAGCUGGAGGAGCUGGUGGGGCAAUGUCUUACCAAGCUUUAAAGCGGCUGGAUGAACAUUGGCGGAAAUUGAAAGCCAGAACUCCCAUGACUGGACCAGCCCCGGAGGUGGUAACGCGGCGCCAAGGAAAAUGGGCUGACUCUGGUCUUGCUGAUAGAAGUCAAGCAGUGUUUGAUGUGGUGGUUUGCGGUGGAACGUUGGGUGUGUUUCUUGCCACAGCUCUUGCGCUUCGAGGAUUGAAGGUGGCCAUUAUUGAAAGGGGACCGCUUCGAGGGCAGCGUGUGCAGGAUUGGAAUGUAUCGAGAAAGGAACUGAAAGAGCUUGUAUAUGCUGGAGUGUUGACCGAAGAUGAGAUUGAGGAAGUCAUCUCAAUUGAGUUCAAUCCUAGCAGAGUUGGUUUUGCGGGAGGAACGGAGCUCUGGGUGAAUGACAUCCUUAAUCUUGGGGUCUCCCCAGCAAAGCUGAUCGAAGUAUGUAAGAAAAGGUUCGUGGACGUUGGAGGCGAGGUGCUUGAAUUUACGGGUUUGUCGAAAUUGGAUGUAUUCAACGACGGUGCUGUUGUGUCACUUGACAAUGGAAAAACUCUUGUUGGGCGUCUUCUUUUGGAUGUGAUGGGGAAUCAGUCUCCUAUUGUGCGCCAGAUUCGGUGGGGGCAGCAUCCGGAUGGAGUGUGUCUUGUGGUUGGUGCUUGUGCUCGUGGCUUUGAGAAUAACUCGACCAGUGACCUCAUUUACACCAACACUCAAGUGACUCAAGUGGGAAGCUCCAAGACGCAGUACUUUUGGGAGGCUUUCCCAGCUGGGUCAGGACCCACAGAUCGUACAACUUACAUGUUUAGCUACUUGGACGCUACUCCCUCUCGUCCCUUGCUUGAGGAGAUGCUCGAGGAUUACUGGGACCUAAUGCCAGAUUAUCAGGGCGUUAAAUUGGAGGAUCUGGAAAUACGAAGAGUGCUUUUCGGUUGCUUUCCCACAUACCGAGCCAGCCCACUACCUUCAGCUUUCGAUCGGGUGUUGCAGAUUGGUGACGCAAGUGGAAUUCAAUCACCGAUCUCAUUUGGCGGAUUCGGCGCUAUCACCAGGCAUAUUGGUCGCCUGUCUAAUGGUCUUUACGACGCAUUACAAGCGGAUUUGCUCGACAAGAAUAACCUAGCUUUAUUAAAUCCUUAUCUGCCCAACCUGAGUGGGGUAUGGAUGUACCAGCGAGCAAUGUCGGUGCGGCUUGAUAUUGAGUCACCCCCAGAUUUUAUUAACAACUUGCUCUCCAUCAACUUUGAGUGCAUGGAGAGACUUGGGGAUCCAGUUGUUCGGCCUUUCUUGCAGGAUGUAGUUCAAUUCUGGCCACAAGUGCGGUUGUUGUCAUUAAUCAUGUUGACGAAACCUCUCUUUAUACCUCAGAUAUUUCGUCAGGUGGGCUUUUUCCCGCUUAUUGACUGGUUUCGGCAUUUCAUAGCCCUGGCGAUGUACACACUUCUUUGGCUGGCAUUGUCUGGAAGCCCGAGGACUUGGGUGAACAGUUUACCAAAAGAGAAACAGUUUGUUUGGAGGCGACGUUUUGAAGCGUGGCAAUAUGGAUCUGGGCUUGAUUAUCACCCCUGAACUGUAGCAGUGCCUUGUCGGACCUGAGACAACCAUCAAUGGAUCCGGUAUAUGCAGCAUUGUUCAAUAAUUUGAAAAUCAAGUCAAGGCUUCAUGAUGAAAUAGAAUAUCCUGUAUAUUGAGACAUCCGAGGUUAGUCGUGUACAGAACUUCAUACCUUCGGCACUGUAAUUACUCUACCCGUUCUUAGAUAUGUACUAGGCUUUGUAGCAGCAGUUGUAGAAGAAUUGGGUAGUGGAAACUGGCUCUGGAUGGUGCAGUGUGCAGAUGCAGAAAUUGUAAUUAAUUAUUCCUGCUGAAGAGUGAGUGGCGUAAUGGAAUCCGUUUUAAGUACAGUUUGGGGGUGGCUAGCAGGAUAAUAAAGUGAAGAAUAUAAUACAUUUGUUUUACAUUUCUAUCAAAAAUAUAUCAUUCCUAUUUUUCUU